GCAGCUCUGUCAAACCUCCACUCAUGGACUCACUCGUGUUCAGUGCAGGAAAUAACGCUUGUCCCGGUGAGAAUUGUGGAUCAAGAUUAGUAUUUUCCCCCAAAGAUACUGGCUUGAAAUGGAUGACUAAUACAGACGCAGCUACUGUUGUGAGGCUUAUUUCUCAGCCCAAUAAAUAACACCCAUCAACCAGAGUUCAGAUAGGACAUGGGCACAGCACAUCUUGCAACCUCCAGGGGACAGUGGUCAAGCAAAAUUGAGUUCCUCUUGGCUGUUGCAGGACAAAUUAUUGGCCUAGGAAACGUGUGGCGGUUUCCUUACCUCUGUUACAAGAAUGGAGGGGGGGUGUUUUUUAUUCCUUACGUGCUCUUCCUCUUCUCCUGUGGCAUCCCCUUGUUUCUGCUGGAGACGUCUCUGGGCCAAUAUAGCAAGCAGGGAAGUAUCACCUGCUGGAGGAAGAUUUGUCCCCUCUUUGAAGGGUUGGGUUAUGGAAGUCAAGUGGUUGUUUUAUACUCCAGUAUCUAUUACAUUAUCAUAUUGGCCUGGGCAUUCCUGUAUCUCUUCUCCUCUUUCAAUGCUGAACUUCCCUGGGCAAGCUGCAGAAACAGCUGGAACACAGACACGUGCGUGGAGUUUGAUCGAACACAUCAUUAUUCCAACAUGACCAUAAAUGUAAAUGCAACAUCACCAGUGAGAGAGUUUUGGGAGAGGAGAGUUCUGAACAUCACAGGUGACAUCAAUGAGUUGGGCAGUAUACGAUGGGAGUUGGCUCUGUGUCUAUUGUUGUCUUGGAUCCUCUGUUACUUCUGUGUAUGGAAAGGAGUACAAUCUACUGGAAAGGUUGUUUACAUUACUGCUACAUUUCCAUAUGUGAUGCUGGCAGUGCUGCUUGUCCGUGGAAUCACACUUCCUGGAGCCUUAAAUGGGAUCAAGUUCUACCUUUACCCAGAUCCUUCCCGCCUCUCUGAUCCCCAGGUUUGGAUGGAUGCAGGCACACAAAUAUUUUAUUCUUAUGCUAUUUGCAUUGGCUGUCUAAUUGCACUUGGAAGCUAUAAUAAAUACAACAAUAACUGUUACAAGGACUGUGUAUAUUUGUGCCUUCUGAACAGUGGAACCAGUUUUGUCGCUGGUUUUGCCAUCUUCUCUGCCCUUGGAUUCAUGGCUUACGAGCAGAACACAGAUAUAUCAAAAGUUGCAGAGUCAGGACCUGGGUUGGCCUUCAUUGCCUAUCCUCGAGCAGUUGCCAUGAUGCCUUUUCCUCAACUCUGGGCAGUAUUCUUUUUCAUUAUGAUCAUCCUGCUGGGACUGGAUAGUCAAUUUGUGGGUCUGGAAGCUCUCGUAACAUCAAUUUCUGACACAAAUCCUGCUUUCUUCCACGUUGGCCAUCGACGUAAACUACUCCUGCUCGCCAUCUGUGUUGUCAGUUUCUUCAUCGGGCUUGUGAUGGUAACAGAGGGUGGGCUGUAUAUCUUUCAGGUGUUUGACUACUAUGCCUGCAGUGGAAUGACUUUGCUUCUGUUUGCCACAUUGCAGUCUGUGUGUGUUGGAUGGAUAUACGGUGCUGACCGCUUUUAUGACAACAUAGAGGAUAUGAUUGGAUACAGGCCUCUCGGCCUCAUUAAGUACUGCCUGAAAUAUCUCACUCCAGUGGUUUGCGUGGGAACUUUUCUUUUUACCUUGAUCAAGUACACUCCCCUGAAGUUCAACAACACAAUUGAGUAUCCAUGGUGGGGUUACGCUCUCGGCUGGUGGUUCACGCUCUCCUCAACACUGUUGGUUCCCGUGGGGUUCCUGUACAAUCUGAGCAUGACUCCUGGUACACUGCGGCAGAGAAUCUCUGCCUUGUGCACCCCAGCUGAAGAUCUUCCUCUGACCAAAUUCAGAAAGAAAGCCCCUGAACUGCACCUUGUACCCUCAUCAUCUGACAACACAGCGUGACAGAAUGGAUCAACCUCAGAUAUGCUAAGACAUAAAGAUGAGAAUUAAUCCAGGAGUUCUACAAGAAGUCCCUAUGAAAAAUGCUUCUCAGUACUUUUAAUGUUUGAACCCAUAAAGUAAGGACAUAUCUAACGUAUGAACCCCCUGUCACCAGCUCAUUAGGACUGAUUGCUGGACUGGUUCAACCAAAGAUAUCAGAAUGAUUUCUUUAAAGUUUGAACGCUUACAGGUUUCGAGUUAUCUGUAAAAACUCAAAUAUUAAAUGAACUCCAUUUCUUUUUUUCA